CCCCCGGCCCGAGGGAGGGGCGGAGAGACCCCCUCCUGCGACUUAGGGCGACGCCACCUUAAAGGGCCUGACCUCCUUGAAGCCAGAACUGCUGAAAAGGGUAAGCCCUUUCCUGUUGCGUCGCCUUGCAAACACCAACCACGCUAUUAAGCGCUUCAAUACCCACAUGUGAGAACAACUUUACAAACAAGAUAUUUUUAACCCCGUUUUACAGAUGGAGAAAAAGACGCUAGAUAGACCCAGGAUUCGAACCCACAACAGCGUGGAUGCAAAGUUCAUUUUUAAUUCUGAAGAGCUGGGAGUUUAGCAGUGGACGAUCAAACAAAAAAAAUACCAGAAGGCGGUGAAGGCAGCAGCUGGAAAUGAGAGAAAAAUUAAGAAAUAGAAAGUGCUGAUUCACGUAUUAGGGAGUGCACAUCUUUAAAGAGAAGAACCUUUUUGGCUAGGCGCUUUCUGGGGACCUUGACAGUUAUCAACAAGUCACUCUGAAACUAACAAAAGAGAGAAAUUUCGUCAUCUGUGCAACUUUCUUAAAGCAAACUAAGACCAGAGGGAGGAUUAUCCUUGACCUUUGAAGACCAAAACUAAACUGAAAUUUAAAAUGUUCUUCGGGGGAAAAGGGAGCUUGACCUACACUUUGGUAAUAAUUUGCUUCCUGACACUAAGGCUGGCUGCUAGUCAGAAUUGCCUCAACAAGAGUCUAGAAGAUGUUGUCAUUGACAUCCAGUCAUCUCUUUCUAAGGGAAUCAGAGGCAAUGAGCCCAUAUAUACUUCAACUCAAGAAGACUGCAUUAAUUCUUGCUGUUCAACAAAAAUCAUAUCAGGGGACAAAGCAUGUAACUUGAUGAUCUUCGACACUCGAAAAAUAGCCAGACGACCCAACUGCUACCUAUUUUUCUGUCCCAAUGAGGAAGCCUGUCCACUGAAACCAGCAAAAGGACUUAGGAGUUACAGGAUAAUUAGAGAUUUUCCAUCUUUGACCAGAAAUUUGCCAAGCCAAGAGUUACCCCAGGAAGACUCUCUCUUACCUGGCCAGUUUUCACAAGCAGUCACUCCUCUAGCCCGUCAUCACGUAGUUUAUUCAAAGCCCACCGAUAUCUCAUGGAGAGAGACACUUUCUCAGAAGUUUGGAUCCUCAGAUCACUUGGAGAAACUAUUUAAUAUGGACAAAGCAAGUGCCCAGCUCCUUGUUUAUAAAGAAAAAGGCCAUUCUCAGAGUUCACAGAUUUCCUCUGAUCAAGAAAUAGCUCAUCUGCUGCCUGAAAAUGUGAGUGUGUUCCCAGCUACAGUGGCAGUUGCCUCUCCACAUACCACCUCGGCUACUCCAAAGCCCGCCAUCCGUCUACCCACCAAUGCUUCAGUGACACCUUCUGGGACUUCCCAGCCACAGCUGGCCACCACAUCUCCGCCUGUAACCACUGUCACUUCUCAGCCUCCCACGACCCUCAUUUCUACAGGUUUUACACGGGCUGUGGCUACACUCCAAGCAAUGGCUACAACAGCAGUUCUGACUACCACCUUUCAGGCACCUACGGACUUGAAAGGCAGCCUAGAAACGAUACCGUUUACAGAAAUCUCCAACCUCACUUUGAACACAGGGAAUGUGUAUAACCCUACUGCACUUUCUAUGUCAAAUGUGAAGUCUUCCGCUACGAAUAAAACUGCUUCCUGGGAAGGUAGGGAGGCCAGUCCAGGUCGUUCCUCCCAGGGCAACGUUCCAGAAAAUCAGUAUGGCCUUCCAUUUGAAAAGUGGCUUCUUAUCGGAUCCCUGCUCUUUGGUGUCCUGUUCCUGGUGAUAGGCCUCGUCCUCCUGGGCAGAAUCCUCUCAGAAUCACUCCGCAGGAAACGUUACUCAAGACUGGAUUAUUUGAUCAAUGGGAUCUAUGUGGACAUCUAAGGAUGGAACUCAGUGUCUCUUCAUUCAUUUAGUAACCAGAAGCCCAAAUGCAGUGAGUUUCUGCUGACUUGCUAGUCUUAGCAGGAGGUUGUACUUUGAAGACAGGAAAAUGCCCCCUUCUGCUUUCCUUUUUCAUUUUUUUGUUUUUGUUUUUGUUUUUUUUUCUGAGAUAGAGUCUUGCCCUGUUGCCCAGGCUGGAGUGCAAUGACACGAUCUCGGCUCACUGCAGCCUCCAUCUCCUGGGUUCAAGCGAUUCUCCUGCCUCAGCCUCCUAAGUAGCUGGGAUUACAGGCAUGUGCCACCAUGCCCGGCUACUUUUUGUAUUUCUAGUAGAGAUGGGGUUUCACCAUGUUGGUCAGGCUGAUCUCAAACUCCUGACCUAGUGAUCCGCCCACGUUGGCCUCCCAAAGUGCUGGAAUUACAGGCAUGAGUCACCACACCCAGCCCCCUUCUGCUUUAUGUUUGGUUUUUGAGGAGGAGUGAAGUGGGAACCAAAUCAGGUAAUUUGGGGGUAAUCUGUCUUUAAAAUAUUCUCUGAAAACAAAGCUCUACCUAAAAAUUUGAUUGGCUUUUAUGCAAAGAAACAGUUUAGGACAGCUAGGUUCCAAUUAAUUCACAUUCUUGGUUCCAGAUAAAAUCAACUGUUUAUAUCAAUUUCUAAUGGAUUUGCUUUUCUCUUUAUAUGAAUUCCAAUAAAACUUAUUCCAGAGGUAGUUCCUUCCAAUUAAAUAUUUGAAUAAAUCUUUUGUUAGUCAGUAA